UAUGAGUUCAUCUUACCGAGCAUUUGUGUAACAAAUCAUGGCUGCAGCGUUGGCGAGGGUUUGCUCAAGGGCAUGCAAACAGAUUGCUCGGCCAUCAUGUGGAGCCUAUCAGACAAGUUGGAGAUGCCGCUCAGCCCAUGCUGCCACAGACAUGACCUCAGACCAGGCGGCUGGGGUGUUCUCUUUUCCUCCCCUACAAACGUAUUCAGAGGAGGAGAGCAUGAUGAGGGAAGCAGUUAAAAAAUAUGCACAAGAGCGAAUUGCUCCAUUUGUGUCAAAAAUGGAUGAAGAUUCUGUCAUGGAUGAGGAAGUGCUCAAAUCUCUCUUUGAGCAGGGUCUCAUGGGCAUUGAGAUUGACCCAGAAUACAACGGUACUGGGUCCACAUUCUUCACCUCCAUCCUGGUCAUUGAGGAGCUGGCGAAGGUGGACCCCUCUGUGGCUGUGCUCUGUGACAUUCAGAACACACUGAUCAACACACUGUUUGCCAAUUUGGGGACAGCAGCUCAGAAGGAGCAGUACCUCAGCCGACUGUCAACUGACAUGAUCGGAAGCUUCUGCCUCUCUGAAGCAGAGUCGGGGAGCGAUGCCUUUGCCCUGAAAACACGUGCUGAAAAACACAAGGACUAUUACAUCAUCAAUGGAUCCAAGAUGUGGAUCAGCAAUGCAGAGCAUGCAGGUGUUUUCCUGGUGAUGGCUAAUGUAGAUCCUUCUGCUGGGUACAAAGGCAUCACCUGCUUUAUCGUGGACCGGGACACAGAGGGGCUUGAGAUUUGCAAGAAGGAGAACAAGCUUGGCCUGCGUGCAUCCUCGACCUGCCCGCUCAACUUUGACAAUGUGAAGGUACCAGAGAAGAACAUUUUGGGACAGAUUGGUCACGGCUACAAGUACGCUAUCGGAAUGUUGAACGAGGGCAGGAUUGGAAUCGCUGCUCAGAUGCUCGGGCUGGCACAGGGUUGCUUCGACAACACUAUUCCUUACACCAGACAGAGAGUGCAGUUUGGGAAACGCAUCUUUGACUUCCAGGGCAUGCAGCACCAAAUCGCCCACGUAGCAACACAGAUUGAAGCGGCUCGGCUGCUGACGUACAACGCUGCUCGUCUGAAGGAAGCUGGGAGACCUUUCAUUAAAGAGGCCUGCAUGGCUAAAUACUUCAGUGCUGAGGUUGCAACCUUAACCACAUCUAAAUGCAUCGAAUGGAUGGGAGGGGUAGGCUUCACCAAAGACUAUCCCAUAGAGAAGUACUACAGAGACUGUAAAAUUGGUACCAUUUAUGAGGGCACAACAAAUGUCCAGCUAUCCACUAUGGCCAAGUUCAUAGAUAAGGAGUAUGAUCACUGAAACCAUCUGACUGGAGCCUGAAGGAUUGCACUUUGCUGUGUCACACUCCAUAUUGUUCUUCCCUAAAUGACUCUGGGGGAUGCAAUGCUGUCGAUCUGUUUUAGUUAUUUCUCCUCAAUGUCACCAACUUUUACUGUAAUUUAUUCCCAUUACAGUUGUUACUGAUGUUGUUACGUUUCACCAGCUUAGGGGUUAAAGUUCCUCUGGUGCAAUGGUGUUUAUUUUCCCCCAUUUGUUGUCUAUUUAACCUUUUUCGAAGGUAUAGGAAUAAGACUUUGUAUAUGAAAUAACACUUUCCUCUUGUCCAUGUCUCUUGUUUUAGAGUGCUGCAGGGAUGGUUAGACUAAACCAUGUCCCCACCGCAUCCUCUGUAGUCCCAUUAAAUCACUUGUUAGUAACCAC